AAACGUCUAAGCAACCACACCUAAGAUUUUCCCCCUUUACAAGGGACUUUUUCUUCCCCUACCUGUUCACUCCUCCCUCUCAUCACCUACAUGGGAUGUGAACUUCCUAAACUCUGCAACUCUUCCACUUUCCAUUUUCACGGCCUCUUCAAGGUAUCAUCUUUCUUCUUCUUUCUCCCAUCUCUUCCUCUGUUCUCCCCCCUACGUUCCAAAACAGAAGGAACACCUUUUGUGUUUGCCUUUCUCUUCUUGAGGCCUUCAAAGCAGUACUGCAACCACCAAGUGUGUCAGGUCCCAAAAGAUUGCGAGACCCCAUUUAGGUGUGCAAACUUGUACCUGCUGCUCUAAACUUAGGUGCCCAUUUCAUUUUUUGGUGGGUUUCUUGGAAAAGACAGUCAAAAUCAUUUCUUUGUGUCUCUUGAGUUGGGAGUAUCUAGGUCUGACCCAGGUUGUUUUUCUGGUGCCUGAUCUGCCUGUAGAUUUUUAGGAGUUGGGUUUUCUUGGUUUUGGUGUGUUUUGCAAAAGACCCAGUUGUUGUCUGUUGGAAUUGUUCCAUUUUGGUUUGAGAAAUCAUUGAUUUUCCUAGGGUUAGCAAAUUAGGGUUGAGUUUUUUCCAUAGUGGAGCCUUUUUCUGCUUCUAUGGGUUAUCUGCUGCCUUGUAAUUAGGGUUUCUGAUCUGCUUGUAGGUUUAGAGGUCUUUGCUGCUUGUGUUUCAGGAUUGUAAAAUACCAAGUUCUUUUUAGCUAGUUUCUUUGAAUUUGAGCUGAUAACCCAUGGGUUUUCCUAGGAUUUAUCCAAUUGGGGUGCCCAAUUGUUUCAAGGCUGUAACUUUUUCCCUCAAUUUCUGUAAUAUUGUUAGCGAUUUAGACAACAAAAUCGGUUGAGUUUGAUCCCCUUUGACAGAUUUUAUGGGACAUCUUCAGCUAGCUAAUUUGGGUUUCUUUUAGGGUUUGAUGUUUUGUUAAGCACUCUGGUGACUUCUGUUAAAAAAAAUGUCUGCAAAUGGUCAAUGUUUUGUGGAGUGGAAAGAGCAAUUUGUCUCCCAAGAGCGUGGCCACCGUGUGGUUCACUAUUUCUUGAAGGAUUCUGCUGGGAAUUUCAUCCUUGCAGUUGUGGGCACUGAGAGGAGUGUCAGACACAUGUUCUACGUUGUUGCUGAUGAGUUCUUGAAUGCAUACGGGUCGGAAAAUUCUGUUCAUGCUGGCUUCAAAUGGAGAUCCAGGCGGGAAGUUGUGGAUUGGCUCACAUCUAUGCUAUCAAAGCAGCAUUUGCCUGGAGAUGGAUCGGAAUCACCAUCAAAUGAUCUGACACAAGGUUUAGGAUCUUCCCAAUUUGCAAUGACUGGAUUUGGUGCUCGACGGGCCCAUAUGCCAGAUUACACGGGUCGGUUUGCUAGGAACCUGGAAGGACAUGAUUCAGACAUUGUAUGGUCAGGUGUUGCAUGGACAUGCGGUAAACAGCUCAAGCAUUACCCGUCAUUUUGCAGGAAUGGGACUACAAUAGUGAUACAAUCCUUUGUGUUUGUCAUGGCCAAAGAGGAGGAUCACUAUCUUGCAUAUCUGGAAGAUAUGUAUGAAGACCGGAAGGGACAGAAAAAGGUCAGAGUGAGGUGGUUUCACCAUAAUCAGGAAGUCAAGGGUGUAAUUCCUUUACGAAAUCCUCACCCAAAAGAAGUGUUCAUCACGCCUUAUGCACAGGUUAUCAGUGCUGAGUGUGUCGACGGUCCUGCCAUAGUCUUAACUCCUGAACAUUAUGAGAAAUGCUUAGCGGCUUUUCCACACGCCUUCUUAUCCAGAGUUCAUCUUUGUUUUAGACAGUUUAGAAGCCAUAGGGUGAAACCCUUUGAUUUGAGUAAAUUACGUGGCUAUUUUGAUCAAGCAAUUCUCUCUUGUUUGGAUCUCAAUCCUCUCCAGAAGCCCAAUUCUGAUUGCUAUGGUCCAACUGCAGAAGAGGAUGAAGAAUUAAGCCCCGGUGACAAUGUAAAGCAGGGAGCUAAGAGGACUAGAAGUUGUAGAGGGCGUCAAAGGUUUGUGAAUGAUCGUUCAUGUGCCAGAAUACCUCGUCGAGGGAGCCAGAUGAUGAUGUAUGAAUCUCCACACAUGAACUUAAAAUAUGAUUUGUUAAGUCGGCGGCUACUUUCCCAGAAACAUGUUGAGCCCCACCCUUGGCCUAACCCACUAUUUAAGGUUGAUGAAAAGAUAGAAUUGUUGUGUCAAGAUAGUGGCAUUCGAGGUUGCUGGUUCAGGUGCACAGUGUUACGGAUAUGUCGUAAACAAAUGAAAGUUAGAUAUGUUGAUGUGCAGGAUGAAGAUGGGUGUGGCAAUCUUGAGGAAUGGACCUCAAUUUUCAAGCUAGCUGCCCCUGAUAAACUUGGCAUGAGAUGCUUGGGCCGCCCAACAAUUCGACCAGCCCCUUCUAGCACUCAAACAGAUGUUGCUUUGAAGGUUGGGACUCCAGUGGAUGCAUGGUGGAGUGAUGGCUGGUGGGAGGGCGUUAUAACUGAAGCCAACAACUUAGGAGAUGGUCCUCUGCAAGUUUACAUCCCUGGUGAAAACUUGUUCUUGAAUAUGCACAGCAAGGAUUUAAGAAUUUCUAGAGAUUGGGUAGGAAACCAGUGGGUUGAUAUUGAGGCAAAGCCUGAUAUACUGUCAGCCAUAUAUGCAGCUAUUAGCCCAGAUGCAAAGAUUUCCACCUCCUUGAUCAGUAGUAAGGAUGCUGCUGUCUUGUGUCCUAUAGCUCCCAUUAGUACCAUGCAAAAUGUUGUUGAAGAUAAGUUGGACUUAGCUGCUCCAGUCAGUUCCUAUGGCUUCCCUGAAGACAUGGACUGUGUUAAUGAAAUGAAGCAGCCAUCACGGGAAGAUGGAGGGGGUGGAAAUGAUGCUGAUCAUGUCAAUGAUAGUCAUAAUAAUGACAAUUUAGAUGAAGCCCAUGGUGAUGACAAUGACGAGAACAAUAACAAUGAUGAAGAUGACCACAAUGAUGGUGAUGACAAUGAUUGUGAGUUAGACCUGGAGGAUUUUGAAACUGCUCGACAGAAAUGUGUAGCAGUGGAGCUCAUGGAAGUGGUGGCAUAGCCCAACAACUUAUGGAAGUGGUGGUGGUGGUUGAUAUUGGGAAGGAGCUUCAUAUUUUGGAGGUUUGGAUUUUUGUAAAUAGCAAUAGUUGGUUGAUGGCGCUGGAGGGGAGUUUAUUUCAUUUUGAUAUGACUUAGGGGACUUUGUAGGUGUACAGAAGCCAUUUAGAAUUUUAUUUGUGAUGUUUCUGUUGUUAUGUUACCUAGAAGCCCAUUGAUGAGUAAAAAUCUCACUCAAGGCUUUCAUUUAGUGACUGGCUAAUGUUCUUCUUGAUUGUUUCCUUGUACCAACAAAUUUAAAUUACAUUCUACAGUGCUAGAAUUAGUCUCUUUUGCUUC